AUGGCGAUGGUGCAGGUCGGCAUGGGCCUCGGCCGCGUCGUCCUCCUCGUCGGCGCCGGGUUAACUGCCCCCACCGUGCUCCGCAGCGGCAAAAUCUCCGACAUACUCGGCGAGCUGCAGGAGAUUCUGCGCGAGAAAGGGGCGGACGGGGACGGAGGAAGUGUGACCGCCGACCUCGCCAAGCAGGUGAACCUACUGGCUACGGAGGUCGGGCGAUUCGCGUCACGUAAUGUAACUGUUCUUCAGGUGGAUAACGGCAACGGAGCUGUAUCAACUUUGGUAGCACCUGCUGCGGCUGUUGGUGCAGUCAGCUAUUGUUACAUGUGGUGGAAAGGCAUCCCCUUGUCUAGCCUGAUGUUUGUCACCAAGCGCAAUAUGGCUAAUGCUGUUGCAAGCAUGACAAAGCAUCUGGAACAAGUGCAGAGCUCUCUUGCUGCUGCUAAAAGGCACUUAAUGCAGCGCAUUCAGCACGUGGAUGAUAAAUUGGAUCAGCAAAAGCAGAUUUCUGGACAAAUAAGGGAUGAGGUUACUGGUGCAAGAUUAAAAAUCAAGAGCAUUGGAUCAGACAUGGAUGCAAUAAAAAGUAUGAUUUCGGGUCUGGAUGAAAAGAUGGAUUCAAUUGAAGCAAAACAGAAUUAUUCAUGUGCCGCUGUGUCGUCUCUCUGCCGAUUCAUAGAAGACACAGAUGGGAGGCCGCCGGAACACCUGGAAGGAUUGCAGCAAACGGUUAGGCUCUUAGGGGGCAAUAAUAAAGAGUUGCCGGUGCUGGGGUUUGGGCAACUGCUGGCGAUAGAAUUUGGAAAUCCUGGCGGAGGAAGAAUGCUUCAGUCAACAGCAGUCAAAACGGCACGUUUGAUGCUGCCUUGA